GAGGCGGGGUGGGUGACUGCUCUCUCCCUUCACAACAUAUGUUGUAUGAAGUGGGAUGGCUUUCCGUGGGGCUGUCAGAGGCAUGCCCAGUGUGUGCGCGGAAUGAACCGUACGAGGAACCCUAGGAUAGGUUGACCCUUGUGUGAGGGACCCCAGAUAUGGAUGAAGCACUAGUGUAUGGGGCUCCCUGGGAUGGGAGAAGUAUGGUAGGGGGAUGUGUGAGGGACGCCUGUGUGUGCCUGUGUGUGUGUGAACGCUGUGGGCGCGCUUUGCGAAGGGGAGUGUGACCAUGUUGUGUCACCACGGUUGAGUAUGCGCUCUGACUGCCAGUUUCACUCCUAACACUAAUAAUGUUUAUUAUAAUAUCAAUACUGAUUGUAGACAGGACUUUAACAUUUGUAUAUACAUUACCAUAUAGCUGUUUUAACUGUGUUUUCUGCUUUGCGGACACUGGAUACAUUUUUUAUUUGUCUAGAGGUGAGUUUAGUUCUGGAUGUGACAAAAUAAAUAUGUGACAAAAAUAAAUGUGACAAACUAUAAAUACAGUCACAGAUCCCUGUAAGAAUAGAGUUAUCUUCAGCAGCAUAAAGGCUUAUUACUUACUGACAGAUCUAAGAGGUGCCCGCAGAGCAGAAGCCACAGUUUGAAUGGUGCCGUUUCACAGACUGACUCACAGCGGUGCUGUUACCCAAGAAGACACUGUACCGUAUGACUGAACAAAACGUGAACAAAACAUAACAUCACAUGAAACAGCAUUGAAAUGUUACUGUAAGACAACACAAUAGCUGUCACUUGAUGAUUUCUGUAAGCGUAGUCCGUAUUCUGUAUUCAGAAUUCCAGGUUUCCUCGUUCGCUGUCCAUUUUCAUUGUGGUGCUGAAAAUUAAUGAUAACAGGGAUCCGUAUGUUUAGUUCCGACUACGGUCGGUUAUACUCCGACUACUUUUGAACAACGACAACAACAACAACAAACACAACAAUAAUGCAUUUGGCUAUCUGUGUUAUUUACAUAUUUUUCUAGCACUUGUUCUAGGGUUAAGAGAUAAUUUAGAGAUAUUCUAGUUUUAGACUCUAAGUGCCGCUGUUGAUCAGUCAAACGUUUGUGGUCCUCCGUUAAGUCUUGCCCCUCCUUGCCCGCUACAUCCUGACACAGAAAAAAGGCAAUCCUAUACGCCUCAGACAGUGCUGUGAAAGGACAUACAAUACGCUCGGAGGUUUUUUUUUCUCGGUGAAUCGUCUACAAUUCUGUGGAUAUACCAGAUUGUUCAAUGAAACAUGGGAUUUAAGCUUUAGUCAGACAUCUGUGGAUACAUUCUGGUGGAAAUAUGAAUUUCAAAAGGGAUCCUCAAAGAAAAUGCAGUGGUGUAUAUGCGCCAUCCAGAAUACAAUGGCAAGUACUAAUUAUCUUUGCGUGCCUUGGAAAUGUUGCUGUCGGACAAAUUCGUUAUUCGAUUCCAGAAGAAAUGAAGAAAGGAUCACUGAUAGGUAAUGUAGCACAGGAUCUUGGACUUGAUAUGAAAAGGCUUCGGGUGGGUCGAGCUCGUAUUGUUACCGGGGAAAACGUCCAGUACACCGAUCUUAAUGCAGACAAAGGGGUUCUAGUUGUGAGUGAGAGAAUAGACAGGGAACAGUUAUGUGGUGACGUUACUCCCUGCAGCUUUAGCUUCGAGAUAAUUUUAGAGAAUCCAAUGGAACUGCAUCAAAUUACUGUCGAAAUUUUGGACAUAAAUGACAAUGCUCCGGUUUUCCGUAAAAAUGCAAUGACUUUUGAGAUUAGCGAAUCAGCAACACUAGGCUCAAGUUUUGUUUUGGAGAGUGCAGAUGACCCUGAUGUCGGACUCAAUGCUCUUCAAAAUUAUGUUUUAACGCCAAACGAUAAUUUCAUCUUGAAGCAGCAUUCGAAUCCAGAUGGCAGUAAAUACGUCGAAAUGAUUCUCCAGAAAGCACUAGACAGAGAGCAGUAUCCUCGGCUGUCUUUAAAGCUGAUUGCUGUAGAUGGUGGAGAUCCACAGAGGUCUGGCACAGCGAGCAUCGAUGUGACUGUUCUAGAUGCGAAUGACAAUGCUCCUGUUUUUAACCAGACUACAUACAGGGCUAGUGUGAAGGAAAACGCAACUAAAGGCACUUACAUUGUAACUGUUAAUGCAACCGAUGCCGAUAGUGGUUUGUAUGGGCAUAUAUCAUAUUCUUUUUCCAAUUUGAAAGAACAUUUAAUAAAUAUAUUUAGCAUUGAUGGUACCUCUGGUGUAAUAUCGGUAGCCGGGAAUAUUGAUUUUGAAAAAGAUAAGAGAUAUGAGAUCAGGGUCCAAGCAAAGGAUCAGGGUGGAUUGACCGGGACUAGUAAAGUUAUAAUUGAUGUUGUUGAUGUCAAUGACAAUGUACCACUUAUAAACGUCAUGUCAUUCUCGAGUCCUGUAUCCGAAGAUUCGCCACCAGGCACCACUAUUGCUAUAAUUAACGUCAAAGAUUCAGACUCGGGAAAAAAUGGUCAGGUGACCUGCUCUAUCGACAAGAGUUUACCUUUCAGGAUAGAAUCAUCCCUUGCUAACUAUUAUACUUUGAUAACUCAAUCUGCCUUUGAUCGAGAAUUAACAUCCGAAUAUAACAUAACGAUAACUGCCACCGACUCUGGCUCGCCCCCUCUCUCAAGCGUUACUAAUUUGUGUCUGAAAGUGUCGGAUGUCAAUGACAACGCUCCCGUUUUUGACCGAGCCACCUACUCUGCAUAUGUCGCCGAAAAUAACUCACCGGGCACAUCAAUAUUCAGAGUCAAAGCCAUGGACCCAGACUCUGGUCAGAACGCUAGGAUAUCAUAUUUCUUAACGGAGACAAGGGUAGGUGGGGCUUUGGCAUCUUCAUAUAUCUCCAUAGACACGGCCACUGGCGUUAUUACCACUUUGCGCUCUUUUGAUUAUGAACAAAUCAAGCAGUUGUCAUUUACUGUAAGCGCACAAGAUGGUGGCUCCCCUCCAUUAAGCAGUAAUGCAACGGUGAAUAUUCACGUCCAAGAUCAGAAUGACAACGCACCUCAGAUCCUCUACCCAUUACAAACCAGUGGCUCUAUUUUGGCUGAAAUUGUGCCUCGUUCAGCAGAUGUGGGAUAUCUGGUCACCAAAGUGGUGGCUGUUGAUGUGGACUCUGGACAGAAUGCGUGGCUUACAUAUACAUUUCAGAAAGCGACAGACAGGGCAUUGUUUGAAGUUGGCACACAGAAUGGAGAAAUAAAAACAAUUCGACAGAUAACGGAUAAAGAUGCUGUUAAACAAAAGCUCACUGUUUUAGUGAAGGACAAUGGACAGCCCUCUCGCUCAGCUACAGUCAAUCUUAAUGUGGCAGUGGCAGAUAGUUUUCCAGAGGUUCUUUCGGAGUUUACAGACUUGACACCUGACAAGGAAUACAACGACAAUUUGACAUUUUUUCUUGUCCUGGCUUUGGCUGUAGUUUCAUUUCUCUUUGUAACAUCACUCGUUGUCAUCAUAUCCGUGAAGAUUUACCGGUGGAGGCAAUCUAACACGUACUAUCAGUCAAAUCUUCCGGUUAUUCCGUAUUAUCCACCGCAUUUUCCAGACAAUGGUGGCGCAGGAACUCUUCACCGAGUAUACAAUUACGAUAUGUACAAGACAACAGACUCCAGAAAAAGUGAUUACAAAUUCACCGGACCGUGUGGUCAAAAUGUUCUCUUUGUGGAUCCAAGUGCGUCCGGAACGAUAAGGCGUGUGGACAGCGAAAAGAACAUUCUGGAUGAGCCCGACUCGCCCCUGGAGCAAAAGCCUCCUAACCAAGACUGGCGUUUCAACCAGAACCAGAGGCCUGGACCCAGCGGUCGCACGAAGUCCCAUUCUCCCUACCUAAGAUGGACGCCACCCAGGAAGAUAAGGGCGACCGCCAAUCCUGAUGUUCCCGUAGGAACCGGACCAUGGCCACAACCCCCGACCGAGGCUGAACAGCUCCAGGCUCUGAUGGCUGCCGCCAAUGAGGUGAGUGAAGCCACCAACACUCUGACCCCUGGCACCAUGGGCCUGAGCACCCGCUACAGCCCGCAGUUCACCCUGCAGCACGUGCCCGACUACCGCCAGAAUGUCUACAUCCCCGGCAGCACCGCCACGCUCGGCUCCAACCCCCAGCAGCAGAUGCUGCAGCAGCAGCUCCAGCAGCAGCAUCUCCAGCAGCAGCAUCUCCAGCAGCAGCAGCAGCUGCAGCUGCAGCAGCAGAUGCUCCCCCAAAGGGAGGCCCUGCCUCCCCCCCAGGCCGUCGCUGCCGCUGACGACGCUGACCAGCCAGAUGCCUCCAAGGCCAACCAGACCCCCGCCAGCAAGAAGAAGUCCACCAAGAAGGACAAGAAGUAAUGGAGAGGCAGAGAGAUGGAGAGAACGAGUGGAAAAAGAGUAGGAGGAGAAAGGAGGAAAAGAGGUGACCUGGCAGGAACCCUCUUUCUCUCUCUCUGUGUGGUUGUUGCCUCUGCUGGCUUGUGUAACCCUCUCACCGAUUGCCAUGUUAACCGAUAAGUACUCCGGUAAUAUCCACGUACCAUGAAGGAUAGUAUUGUUUCCUUUUGUAAGGUUCCUUUUUUCUGUUUCUUUUUGACUGUCUCUGAAGUCUCUCUGAAUGUGUUGAGGUGAGGGUGAAAAGAAUUUGGAAGCUCAUAUUCGAUUUGGAUUCAAUUUCUCUCUUAUAUGUUAUAAUUCCUCGGUUUGCUUGUGUAUUUCUUGAAGGACAGUAACAUUUCCUGUAUCUUAUAUAGACCUGUAAGUAUAACACAAUUCUCUGUGGUGUUGGUCCUUUCACUCUAUUGUAAGAAUGGAAAAUGGGAGGGAUUUCCGAUUAUAAAUGACAAUAAUGAUUUUUAAGAUCUUGGCUGUUUGAUUUUUCAAAAGACACAAUAUCCUGUGCUGUGAUUCCUGGGCUUCUUGCCACAGACAAAGUGUUACAGUGUUUUUGAAAUGUUUUUUUUUCAGGGCGUUGUUUUUUUUUUUUGGUUUGUUUUGAAAUCCCUGUUUUGCUGAAUGAAGAGUAGAUGCUUGUUUUUGUGCUAAAAAAAAAAAGACACUGUUGGAUAUUCCCCUUGAAAAGAAAAACACACAUAAAAGUUCAGCACAACAGACUGACCUGUAGCUCUUAGAGAUCAAGGCCGCAAUAUUUGCAUGAGUCAUUCAAUAAUCUUCCACAGAUGUAACCACGGACAUAACUAUGCAUUUAUACAGACAGGGAAGGUUGUCUUUGUUGGCAACUCCUUUGUGAAAUGCAGUUGUAGCACCAACCUGAACCGUGUAUCGCUUUGAUAUGCAUAGUUAUUCAACUAUAUCAUGCUUGCUUUUAUUUGUUUCUCUCUAAAGCCAUUAUAAAUUGAGCAUGAUCCCCCUUGUGUCUUGGGACUGAGCGACGGGGGUGGCCAUCUUGUCCUUUCCCGACACCGUGACCACAUGGUCUGAAACCAUUUCCUGGCCGUUUGACUUCAGGUGUAAAUCCCCCCUCUCUCAAACUCACGACACCGCUUUGAACAAAGAGCCAAAUCAUUGAAGAUGCACUGUUGUAGGGAGGGAAGAUGUGGACUGGGGUGAGUGGGAUUGAGCACCUAGUGAGCGCUUAGUAGACACGUAAUGAGUUACCCACUAUUUCCACCACCUAAUGUGUUUGGGGCACUUCUACUUAGGGCCUGAGCUAGGAGGCCUAGAUAGGUUUGGUAGUACACGGAGAGCCCUAUGCUCCAACCAUUCUAAAGAGUCUUUCCUUUUUCCUUACCAUGAGACACGCUAGCUUGUUUGUUUGAAAUUAAAAUGAACUGACUUUUGUAGUGUGUAAGAAGUAAGCAAUGUGUAAUAAGAUGGAGCUUUUCUUCUUUGUCUGUUCUGCAUUGUGAAGUGGCAGCUUGUGUGUGACGGGGGAGGGGAGUGGAGGGAGAAAAGGGAAGGCGGGUGUGUGCAGAUGACUUGGUUAAGGGGCGCUACAUCUGGGGUACAGGGAGGAGGAAGAACUUCGCUCAAUGAAUGUACAGAGGUAACAUUACCACUCUCAAAACACCCCCUCUUUCCCGAUCAGUGUGGUAUGGUCAAGGGGGAGCACUGACCAAUAGCAGGCAAUAUUCAGUUGAUUCCGUCCAGUUGUUAAAAAGGACAUGCCACUCAGAGGGGUUGAAGAGGGGUGGAGGGAUUCUGUCGCCCCACUCCCUCUGCACUGUUGCCCUCCGCUGCGCAUACCUUCGCUCUCACAGUCCCAGGUGAUGGUGAUCACUCUUUUUCCCAGGUUGUAAAUAGCUAGCAGCCUUAGCACUGUAAAGAACGGGCUGUUCUCAGCUCCAGUGUCCGACCAGAUCUCCCUUUUCCAGAGUCAGAGCCCGGGGGGUGUGUGGCUUACUACUGGAAUUUGUUACAUUGGUUUUUUUUUUCUUUCUGUUUUGAUUGUUUGGUUUUCAGGAAAAAACGAGGAAAAAAUGUAAUUAAAAAAAAAAAUCUUAAUUGCUCUUCAAAAUAAGUGUUUGAAAUGUAGUACUCUAUAGCACCAUGAAGGCCAACUAACAAACACAACUGUAAAUAGAGAUUAACUUUGAAGGAAAAAUGAACAAAAAAAAUGUGAGUGACACACAUGUAGGUUAGGUAAUUGUGAGUUGUAAUGCGCAUAUUUUUUGUGUUCAUUUUUGUUUUCCAUUUAUGCCACUUGCUCCAUCACCUUGCUACGAAACGAAACAAAACAAAACAAAACAAAACAAAACAAAACAAAACCACAUCGUGUACAAUACCUUUCUAACCCUCUGUAAUCACCUUCUGUUUCUUUUGUGAUUCCAGUUGUGCAUUUGUGCAAGAAUGCUUGUCAAUGUCUAUAUGAAGAAAUGAAAUAUAAAUAUUCUAUAUGUUUGUGUGUCUGCUGAUGGCGUAAUACUCUAUAUCCUGCUGUAAUAUCUUUCUUAUAAAUCGCUUAGACCCCCCCCCCCCUUUCCUGCUCCUCUGUGUUACUCUUAUUUUAUAUGCUAAUAUUUAUAUUUGCUGUUUUAUUUUCUCUUGAACACUGACAUUUCAAAUAAAAGGUUCUGAAAUCAUAA